AUGGAUCACUUACUCAUCUUGGUGGCUACUGUGCAUUUAUUGUAUUGUCCAUUUACAAAAGUGGAAGAAAGUUUCAAUCUUCAGGCUAUGCAUGACAUCUUAUAUCAUAGUUUUAACCUAACAGAGUAUGAUCACCAUGAAUUUCCUGGAGUUGUGCCACGAUCAUUCGUGGGACCAAUUAUAAUAUCAGGCUUGGCAUCACCGCUAAUAGCAAGCAUUAAUUAUUUGCACCUUAAUAAAUUCUUUGCUCAAUAUAUUGUAAGAGCAACACUGGGAUUAUUAGUAAUAGCUACAUUAAAACUAUAUAGGGAAGCCUUGCAAAGUGUCUUUGGUUUGCAAUUUACAAAAUGGUUUAUUGCAAUUACUGUGACACAAUACCAUUUUAUGUAUUAUUUAAGUCGCCCAUUGCCAAAUAUAAUGGCUAUGCCAUUAGUAUUACUGGCUUUAUAUGGAUGGUUGAAACAAAGUCACACAAUAUUUAUUUGGUCUUCUGCAGCAGCAAUUAUAAUAUUCAGAGCAGAACUUGCCAUGCUACUGGGAUUAUUCCUUUUGUACGAUAUAGCCAACAUGAAACUGACCAUACCAAGACUACUUAAAAUUGCGGUUCCAGCCGGUAUAUUUUUUCUAAUGCUAACGAUUGCAGUAGAUUCCAUAUUUUGGAGACGAUUGUUAUGGCCUGAGGGAGAAGUAUUUUAUUUUAACACUAUUCUUAAUAAGAGCAGUGAAUGGGGUACAUCACCAUUCUUAUGGUACUUUUAUUCAGCUCUUCCACGUGGAUUAGCUUUAUCUUAUCUUUUAAUACCUUUGGGUAUGUUAUGGGAUGCUCGAGUUCGGGCAUUAACAGUUCCUGGUAUUGCAUUUGUUGCUUUAUUUUCAUUCUUACCUCAUAAAGAAUUGAGAUUUAUUAUAUAUGUCUUUCCAUUACUAAAUGUUAGUGCUGCAGUUGUUUGCCACAGAAUAUGGGAAAACAGAGCAAAAAGUCCAUGGAAUGGAUUUUUGGCACUGCUUAUUUUAGGCCAUCUAGUUUUAAAUGCUCUAUUUUCUAUGUUUCUUUUAUGUGUUGCUAGUUCUAACUAUCCUGGUGGUUUAGCUAUUACUAAAUUACACAGACUUGAAAAAGAUUGUGCAAAUCCAGUGCAUGUGCACAUUGAUAUUUUGACUGCUCAAACAGGAGUUUCAAGAUUUACACAAACAAACGAUUCUUGGAUUUACUCAAAACAAGAAAAUUUAACGAUAGACAAUCCUGAAAUGCUUCAAUUUACACAUCUUUUGAUGGAAGCCAAAAGUAAAUAUUCACCAAACAUAAAACCAUAUCUUAAAACUCAUGAUAUCUUGGAUUCUGUUGAUGGUUUUUCUCAUAUAGCAUUAAAUUAUAAUAUGUUGCCACCUAUCAGAAUAAAAACUAGACCAAUUAUAUUCAUCAUGAAAAGAAAGGCUAAUAUAAAAUAUGAUCCAAAAAAAGCGAAAACGCAAAUUUAUUUGAAACAACCAGAUGAAAGUGAUAUACAAAAAAGUUUAGAAAGCAAAGACAUCAAAAAUAAUACUGUAAAAGACAUGGAACCAAUAUUCGAUCAAAUCAUGGAGUCAUUAGAGCAAUUUGAAAGACCACUAAACAUUAAUGAUGCAAAUGCACUAGAUACAGAAAUACAAGACAUGAUUAAAUUAGAUAACAUAAAAAACGAUUCUAAUAAAUACCUUGAAUUAUUAAGUACGGAACAAGUAUCUAAUACAUUACACGAAAAUAAUGUAUCGCAUUUAGAAACAUUAAUUGACGAAAAAAAUGCCACAAGCGUAUCAAAACUAGAAAACGAUACUAUGACUGAAACUAAUAUUAAACAAUCUAAUAUUGAAAAUGAUUCAGAUACUAAUGAAAAGAGAUUGGAUAUAAAGGAAAAAGAAAAUGACAGAAUAGAAAUAACUAAAGAAAAAUUAAAACUGAGUAAUAUUCAACAAGAAAGUAGUACUAUAAAAGAAGUUGUUAAAAAAAUUAUCCAGGAAAUAUCAGAAAUUCCUCAAAAAAUUAAUACUAAAGUAAAGAGAAUAGUUCCAGUAAAAAUAGAGAUGCCACAAAAAAUAAAAAUUGUAAUGAAACAAGAAUUAAAAGAGAAACCUGCCAUGAUUCAAGAAUUGAAAGAAAAACCUAUUAUAAUUCGAGAGUUGAAAGAAAAACCUGUAAUAAUUCAAGAACUGACAGAAAAACCUGAAAUAGUUCAAGAACUGAGAGAAAAACCUGCAGUAAUUCAAGAAGCAACAAAUGAAUAUAAACCAAUUAAUGUAAAAGAAAGUAUAAGAAAUAUAAUAAAUCAAUUUAAGGAAUUUGAAAAAGAUCUCAUACAUGAAGAUGCAGAAGUGAGUAAAAAGGAACCAAGGGUUGAAUACAAUGCACAACCCACAGAGAUAAAUACAAAAUAUACAGAAGACUCGUUGAAUGUAGAUAUUAUGUCGGAAGCCAAAGAUGCUAAAACAAUCAAAGAUGCCAAAGAAAGUCUAAGAGAUAUAAUACACCAAUUUAAGCAAAUAAAAAGUGAACUAACUUCAGAAGAAGACGAUCAAUUUGAAAAAAUUGAAGCUACGUAUAUGGAGAGACCAAUUGCCGAAACGCUAAUGCAAUUUAGUGAAGCUUUAAAGAAUUUAAUACAACGAAGAAAAAGAAAAAAUAUGUCUGUUGCAAACACAUUUGAGAACAAGAAGGACACACAAGUAACAAUGGAAAAUCCUGAACUUUUAACAGAAUCUGCAAAGUAUUCAAAAAUUCCAAAUUACAACAAAGAAGAAAAAGCAUAUGAUAUGGAAAAGAUAAGAAAAGUAAUUCAAAAUAACAAUGCAAAAGAUAGCUCAAUCCCAGAUACAAAUAAAGUUUUUCAAGAAAAGUAUUUUAUUACUUAUACACAUAAUAAAAACGUCCCAUUGAAUGCUCAAAAAUCCACUAACUCUGUUUCAAAUAACAUAGCAAACAGCUAUGAUUCCAAUGAAGAGGAUGAAAUGUCACGAAAAAAUCUUGGAGACAAGACACCUUAA